AUGGCGACGACGACGGGCGGAACGGCGACGGCGAUUCCGAUCGGCUACCGUUUCCUCCCCACAGAUAAAGAGCUCAUUGUCGACUAUCUUGCUAAUAAAGUAGCUGGAAAGCCGGUGCCGUCCACGGCGGUCGUCGAAGCCGACGUCUACGGCACCGAACCGUGGAAUCUUUUGAGGAAUGGCGACCAAGAAGGCUACUUUUUCGCCAAGAGAAAGCGCAAGAACGCUGUCGGAACCAGGGUGGAUCGAAGGGCUGGAACAGGGACUUGGACCCUGUACAGCAAGAAAGAAGAAUCUGUGACCACGCUAGAUGCCGAAGGACGGGAGAUCGCCGUGGGUUGCAAGAGCAACUUGUCUUUCAACGACGGCAAGAGCAAAUAUUCAGGUUGGACAUUGCACGAAUACGAACUUCUCUCCGUCGCCGGCGUCUUCCAGACCCAAGUACUCUGCCAUAUCAAGAACCGGGCUGGCAAGAUGAAGAAGCGAUCGGCCGCUGACAUUCCGACGACGCGACCGCAUGAGUCCGCUCUGUCUCCUGAAUGCACUACACAGACGCCGCCCAAGAGAUCGUACGAGGCCGUUAACUUUCCAUCUGCUCUGUUUCCUGAAUGCACUGCACAGCCGCCGCCCAAGAGAUCGCAGCCGCAUGAGGCCGCUCUGUUUACUGAAUGCACCGAACAGCCACCGGCGAAGAGGGUGUGUAAUUGGCAGCUGCCAAUGUUUCUUGAACCGUCUCCUUCUUCUUGUGAUGAGGAUCAGGCGUUCUGCGCCCAGCUUCUUGCCUCGUUGGUUCAACUUGAGGAAGGAAAUGAAGGCAGCAACUUCCAGAUGUUCUGCACCCAGCAGUUUCUUGCCCCGUUGGUUCAGCUUGAUGAAGAAAACGAAUGGAGUGACUUCCUGUCUCCUUGGGUGCAGCUUGGACAAGGGAGUGAUGUUUUUGGCAGCGAAGACCUGGAUCAAAUUUUGUUGGGCGAUGAAUUUGAUCUCUGA